AUAAGCCAUUUUAACAAUUAAAACUGCAGCACUUAAAUUUCCCAAAAAUAAUUUUGCUUGUGGUUCCAGUUGAUGAGGAAAGCUUUCUGUGCUGCCUUUUUAAAAGCAAUUUGUAAAAUAAAAAGUUGCAUGAGUGAAUUUGAACUUGAGUCUCCCGGAUAAAAGGCUGACUUGUUAGCCACUGAGCAUUUCAAGUAGUUACAAAAAUAGAAGGCUUAUCUUCCCUUAGCGUAGUACAUACAUUUCUUUUUGAAAACAAAGUUAAUUAAUUAUAAUUAAUUGAUUAUCUAAUUGGUUUAUUUUUAUUACUUUUUUUGUAAUUGAUUCAUGUGUUAUCGAGCAUGAACUUGUAUACAAAAUUUGCUGACUAAUGGGUCAAAAAAAUCAAUAUAUAUCGAAAAUCUAAACAACAUACAAGAAACAUUGAGAGAGAUGUUAAAAAAAAAAAAAAAAAAAAAAGAGAGGUGGAAGGUAAAAUAAACAAUAUAUAUUAUAUAGCCAUGGAAAAAAUCAAUGGGCAUAGCUGGUGGGUAUUGCUAGUAGGAUAAUAAUAUUUUUGUUCAGACUAGGAUGACUAUAAGAAACAGAUUACCUUUACAUUAUAUCUGCUCUAUAAGGUCUGAAAAGGGAACUUUUUUUUUACAGUACCUUUCUUCAGUUUAGAACUUCAUGGAAGCUUGAUUGUGGGUGGAAGUAAACAGGACUACGUGAUCUGGAGUUGGUCUCUAUGUGCAAACGUUUGCAAAGGAGAGCCAAUUAAAGUGGGCUUUCUAGAAAUUCUGUAGCAGUGUAAGCCGUACUGUGGCUGUGGGCUGUACUUUAUCUAGAUCUAUAAAUUAUGUCAGCGCUCAGUUCAGACUUGCGACAGAGAACAUCUCAAAAUACCCAUGGAAAUGAAAACACAGAUAAGCAGACAACAGGACCUUCUAUACAGACCUCAGCCUCUGAUACUGAUGAAGAUGACUUACCAGUCAAGCCAUCAAAGCCAAUGGCCAAUCAGACCCAAUCUUCAGAUGUUCUUGAUAAUGCUCUCAAAGAUUUGUCUCCAAGGUGGAGAAAUUGGAUGAUACGUGGUAUUUUUACUUGGGUCAUGAUCCUUGGUUUUGCAGUACUUAUUUAUUUUGGACCUUUAGCUUUAGUUCUUGUGACAUUCGCCCUUCAGAUAAAAUGCUUUCAUGAAAUAAUCACAAUAGGCUACAUAGUCUAUCGAUCAUAUGAUUUACCCUGGUUCAGAACUUUAAGUUGGUAUUUCCUGUUUGCUUCCAAUUUUUUCUUCUUUGGAGAAAGUAUGAUUGGAUAUUUUGGAGUACUGUUAGCUCGUACUGACUUUUUGCGACCAUUUGUGACUUAUCACAGAUUUAUCUCAUUUUCCCUUUACACUGCUGGAUUGGUUGGCUUUGUCUGCAGUCUAGUCAAAAAACAUUAUCUGAAGCAGUUCACUUUAUUUGGAUGGACACAUGUGACACUGUUACUUGUUGUAACACAGUCUCAUUUCAUUGUUCAGAAUGUUUUGGAAGGACUUGUUUGGGUUCUGGUCCCAGUAUCAAUGAUAAUAUGCAAUGACAUAAUGGCAUACAUGUUUGGAUUCUUCUUUGGACGAACUCCUUUGAUCAAGUUAUCACCAAAGAAAACAUGGGAAGGUUUCAUUGGUGGAGCAUUCUCAACAAUAAUCUUUGGAAUCAUUCUCUCUUACUGUCUCAUCCAAUAUGACUACUUUGUUUGUCCUGUGUCUUAUGAUGAAUCCAAGGAAUCUCUGUCUAUGGAAUGUGAAAGAUCUCAUGUUUUUCUGGUUUCUCAGUAUGCACUUCCAGAAACUAUAAGGGCAUUUUUUAAGUUGUUAGGUAUUCAGAAAACAACAGUGAGCAUCUAUCCUUUUGUCCUCCAUUCCAUUGCCAUGUCUAUUUUUGCAUCAGUCAUAGGACCUUUUGGUGGCUUCUUUGCUAGUGGUUUCAAAAGGGCAUUCAAAAUAAAGGAUUUUGGUGACACCAUACCUGGGCAUGGAGGUAUUAUGGACAGGUUUGAUUGCCAGUUUCUGAUGGCCACAUUUGUUCAUGUGUACUAUUCUAGUUUUAUCAAAGUUUUAAAUCCUCAAAAUAUUGUGCAAACAGUAAUGAUGUUGAAACCUGAGCAGCAGCUUCAGGUAUUUAUGAUGUUACGUGAUAAAUUGACACAGAGAGGGCUCUUGGACAACACCACAGCAUCAAUAUAAGAUAAACACUUUUUCUUUCAAGAAGUCAAUGCUAUUUUACUAUAUGUUAGAGAAAUAUUGUGUAAUGCUAGAUAGAGUUUUUUCAAGUGUAUGUGACAUGUAAUUGCACAUAUUUUUAUUGGUUUUUAUAUGUUCUAUCAAGUGUAAUUAUAUUUUAGGUAGCAUAUAUCAGUUGUGUGUGAUAUGCAGGCUUGCAUUGUAAGAGUUCUAGUAUUAUUUAUCAGCGUGACAGUGAUAAACUUUAAAACAUGCGUUGAAUCUGAUUUUAUUUUUACAUGUGGUAUAUCUCCUGCAUUUUGUAACACUUCCAAUGAAAAUUAUCUGUAUUUCAGUUAUUUCAAAAUUCGAAUUUACUGUGAUUUAGCUAGAGAGAAAAUUUCUUUUUUUUAAGACUAUAGGAACUAAAGAACAUUGUAUACCAUAUUUGUGUAUUUAUUGAGUUCUGACAAAAAUGCUUUCAGGACUUGUAUGUAUAAUGAAAAGUUAAGUGUAACAAAUUUUAUGAAGUCCAAAGACAAAUUAUUGCUGAAUUUAAAAAAAAUGAUAAUAAACUUCUUCCAAAAAUACAAGUACACUUUUUUUUAUUGAAGGAUUGGUAGCCUGCAAUUUUGUUUUUAAUCACAUUUAUAUCUCAAGCAAACAAAAAUCAAAAUUAAUCUUCUGAAUUAAAAAAAAAAAUUAUAUAUGGAAUACACUUUUAAAAAAUAGAUCUUACUUGUUUUUUCAACAAAGAUUUUUUUUUUAAUAUUAUAUUUAGAAUAUUUUCAUUCAUAAAAAGAUCAUAUAUAUAUAUAUAUAAAUAUAUAUACAUUUAAUUGCUGUGAACAUUUGUACCAAAAAUAAAAAUUUGAAAAUAAAUCUAAGUAAGCAAUAUUGAAUCAUUAUGUAUUUUUCUGUAGUAGUGAAAAUAACUAAUUAUUGACAUUAGUGUCCUCAUGAACUGUUGACAAUGUAUAAAGUAUUAGGACGAUUCAUUCCUUAAGAUUCUUAUAAAAUGCAUUUAAGUUUACUGCAAAAGUAAAGAAGAUUAUUGAAAAGUCAUAAACAUUCUAGCUUAACCAUAAAUAGUGACCAAACCUUUUCAAUAUUUGGUUUCCUAAAUUCUGCAGUCUCAGAAAAUGUUACUAUUUUAAUUGCCUAUGGCAUCUUAGACAUUUAAAAAAGCUGCACCAUUAUUAAAAUUUUAUGUAUAACUGGAUAAUGUAUAACUAAUUUUAGAUUGUUGUCACCACCUCUCACUCUCUGGUCUAUCAACAUCACCAAUCUAUCAAUAUCACUAUACCCCCAUCCCUCAUGCAAAUAUUAAACUAGUAUUUUGUUUCAUAUAUUUUCAAGAUAAAUAUAAACAUGUGUUGGUGUACAUUUCAUUCAAUAACAAUAUAAUCACAUUCAUUGUAAAAUAAAAUAUCUGAUAAUUUAUUGUUCAAGAAAUGUUUUUAAAUGGAUAACUUAUGUAAUGAUAGUGUUUGUUUUUAAAAGAUGGAACCAUAAAUUGUCAUUAUUAAUGUUUCAGUAUAAUUGUACUAGUAGUUUUUAUCUUUUUUUAAGUAUGGAUAUUUUUUUUUUAUUGGUACAGAAUCUAUUGGGAAGAACAACUUAGCAUUACCUUACUCAAAAGUACCACACAAUUCUGACUAUAUGCUUUUCCGUGUUGUUUUUUGUGAUAUGACUUCUUGUGUUACUUUGGGUCUGAUAUUUUAAUUUUAGUAUAAUUAUCUUAAUAAGAUUUUUUUUCUACUGGUGGGAAAUUUCUACUAGUUAUUUUUUCAGUUUCUUAUUCCAAACACUAAUCAGCAACAUUUUUGUGCUUGUUCCCCCACUUCUUUUAUUUGACAGAGUUUUGUAUUAUUGUGUCUACUUUUUUAUUCAUUCCUAAUUUCAAUACUAUUAGAAUACAAAAAGGGGAACUAUUUUAUAUGGAUUGCCAGUUUUAUAUACAUUUGUGAUUUUAUGUGUAAGACACCUUUUAUAUCAAGUUAUUCAAACAAUUGAAAAAUAGUUUAUAUUUUUAUAUAAAUUGGUCAUUAUCACCAUGUCAUAAAUAUCUUUUGAAUCUAGUAUCAUUUGAAGCAUACAUUGUUUUAAAAAAGAAAAUAUUAAGUUUGUAGUACUUUUUUUAAUCCAUUCAAUUCAAAAUUAAUUAUAAUAAAUAACUUUUUUUUAAAUGUUAGAAUGUUUUCUCUAAAACAUAAAAUAUAUGCUUGUUUAGUUGUAUUCAAUUGUUUUAUUUGGUCAGUGUUGUUGUUAUUAUUAGCACUGUCAAUUUUAGAUGAAAAUAAAAGAAUGUCAAAAAUA